GCGGCACAUAAGGCCACUCGCAAAAGCAAGCCGGGCGAGCGCGUCAAGCCGACGGCGAGGAUGUUGCCGCCGACUGUCAAGGAGGAGGUGCACUCCGAGGGCGAGGGCGCGAAGGCAUCAGCUGGUUUGGCGUCGGCCCGCGACGGCCGCGGGAGGGAGGCCGGGGGCGGGGCGCGCGAGGCGGCGGGGCGCAUGCACAAGAGGCUCUCGGAGCGCGUGGAGGGCCGCCCUACCUCGGAGCUGGAGGAUAUCGACAGAGAUUGCCAGCGGGCCCUGUCUGAGGCCGAGCGCGCCCUGAAGGAGGCUGAGGCCCUCAAGGCGCGGGUCCGGGACGUACGCAGCAGGGAGGAGAACGCCGUGCAGGAGCCGAGCGCCAUUGAGGAACAGGAAAAGUCGAUGUCAUCGGAGGAGAGCAGGCGCCCCCCGAGCCCUAAGCGGAAG